AUGUUGCCUUUUUUUCUUCCAGUGCAUUUGCUUCUCCAGACGGCGCUGCUGUUUAUAGAUGUCAGCAUCCAGGCUCUUACUGGCAUCACACCAAGCCUCAUGAUUACUGAGGCUUUUCUGAGUUGUGAAAAUCUUUGCACACCUGAGGCAGAUCUAGAUAAUCCUGCUUUCUGCAACUCUUCUCCAAAUGAGUCUACUAACUCCUGGUCUAAGUCAUUGAAGUUGCCUGUGCCAUUUUGCCACAUGGCUCAGCUAUCACCACCUGCAUGUCUGUGGAUGAAGCAAUCAAUGCUUCUGAUCAAGCUAUCCCCCUCAGCUUCAGAGAGUGACACCAGCAGCAACUCUUCUAUUUCCUCAAUGGAACACUUGCAACCUCACCUUAAGAAGUCGUCUAAAAAAUGUGGGCGCAAAUCUGAUAAAGGUGAUCAAGAAGUCAAGAAAGCUAAGAUCUUGAAAGAGAACAACUCUGAAUUCAAAGUUCAAGAGGAGUAUCUUGUGGCAGCACGUGCCAUGGCACAUUGCACUGAUCUGUUCUGCAAUGUGGAGAAAAUCCUAAGGGUAGGUCUACUACUACAGCAAGAGCAGGCCAUGGAGAAUGGAGAAUUGGAAGAGUUGGAGGCCAAGCACAAAUCCCAUCAGAAAAGGCUUGCAAGUCUUUCAACCAAUACCCUCAAUCAGUACAAGCACAACUAUCAGCAGUUGCUUCAACUGGCUCCGGGAGUCUGA